AUGAUGCGUUGGGGUGAAUUUGAUGACCUUUAUCACAUUGCCGAAAUAGAAGAAGCUGGAAAGACUUCUGAUAGUGAAUCAGACUCGCAGAAUGGUAAAUAUUAUGAAUCAAAAACCAAAAAAAAAAACUGUGACUAUAACAGUAGCACCCUGAAGCCCCACCUUAAUGACCAUGACCCUGAAUCACCGUCUUUAUACCGCACUAUGAGUGAUGCUGCGCUAGUUAAGAAAAGGAUUCGUCCAGACACUCCAGACAGAAGUUAUCUACAGAAGCACCGGUUUUCCAUCAAUGGACACUUCUACAACUAUAAAACAUCUAUAUUCACUCCAGCUUUUGGCUCUGAGACAAAGGUUAUGAUUAACAGCACUAUGAAAACAAAAGAAGUAAUUGAGCAACUACUACACAAGUUCAUGAUUGAAAAUAGCUCAAAUGAAUUUGCACUAUAUAUUAUUCAUGCGUCAGGAGAGAAGAAAAAGCUAAAGGACACAGACUGCCCUUUGUGGGAGCGACUCUUACAAGGUCCUUCAGGAAGCAUAGCAAGGAUGUUCCUUAUGGACAGAGAGGCAGAAGAGAUUAGCAGUGAUGUAGCACAAUACAUUAAAUUUAGCCUUCCACUUUUAGAAAAAAUAUUGCAGAGGUUAAACGAGGAGGAAGAAAGGGAAAUUCAGAGAACUGUAGAUAAGUACGUCAAUGAAAAGUCUAUAGUGCUUCAAUACCUGAAUAUGAGAACAGUUAAAAAAACUGAGACUACUGUUUAG